UGAUAUUGCUGAACGUAUUUUAAAGGAAAACACAGAUUUUGGUCUACCUAUAGAAACGCAAAAUAGAGAUGGCUGUCGACGGUGUAUAAUUGUUGGCAGUGGAGGAAUUCUUAAAAAUAAAGGUCAUGGUAGAGUUAUUGAUGAGUAUGAUGUUGUUAUCAGGAUGAACGUUUCACCUGUCAAAGGUUACGAAAAAGAUGUUGGCACUAAAACAACUAUCAGAAUCACAUAUCCAGAAGGUGCUCCACGUAAAAACAAUUUAUAUGAUGUAGAUGCCUUAUUAGGAAUUGUAGUGUUCAAACUUGCUGAUCUCAACUGGUUAGACAGUGUUUUACAUAGAAAAACACCAUCGACUAAAGGUUUUUGGAGCAAGAUUGCGAUGAGUGUUCCAAAGAACCCUCGUCAAACUCGUAUCAUCAACCCGCUUAUCAUAAGAGAAGCCAGCUUUGAUCUUCUUGGAUACCCCACCAAUCUUGGGAAAAUGAACAAGAAUGUACCAACCAGUGGAACCAUAUCAAUUAUGCUGGCACUGCGUUUAUGUGACGAGGUGGACGUCGUUGGAUUUGGUUAUAAUACAAAAGAACCAGAGGCUUUAAUACAUUAUUAUGAAAAAGUGAAAAUGAAAAUCAUCACAUCACUUUUUACUCAUGAUAUUAAUCAUGAAACUGCUUUUCUGAAAAAAUUGGUUGAGUUUGGUGUGAUCAGGGAUUUAACUGGUGGUUUGUCGUGA